AUGGUCUUGGCCAACUCCAACAUGUUGGAGAUCAGCGGGUUUGAGCAUCAGCUGGCGGCAAACGGACAGUGCUCGAUGUCAUGCAGGGAUCGGCACCUCAUCGACGCGCUUGUGCAGGGCAUGAUUGCUCAGAGAGAGGAGCUUCGCGAGAAGAGGGAUGCCGAAUCCAAGAAGGUGGAAAUCUCAACUGAGAUUGUGGAUGGCUACUGGCAGCACCUCGCUGCCCACCAGAAUUGGGCAGGUGUCCACCCUGGGUAUGGUUACAUGCCAAUCGGCAUACAUGGAGACGACGGUCGCUACAACAAUGCCGGAGAUCGUGUAAUCAUCGUGACACUGAACCUGAUCCUCGCCCGUGACACCGGACAGAACCAGCAGCGCUACCCGCUAUUUUGUUUGCGGGAAUUCAUUAGCCUGGGCUUUGAUUCGCUCGAACCGGUUCUGCAGCAGCUCCGCUGGAGCAUCGAUGUUCUGUCUACUGGACUUCACCCACGCCUGGGUGCUGAUGGCCAAGAUUUUCGCGGCCGGUCCAGGGCAGGGCAUUCGCAAGCGACCCUGACUGCUGGAAAUAUGUCCUAUGAAGGACAGGCAUAUCCUUGCCUUAACCUGAAAGCAUACAACGGUCGCCUCUUCUUCCAGUACUUCAACAUCGUCUUGCGUGCUACCCUGGCCACCAGCAAUGCUUUGGAUGAUGGUUUGAAGAAGGAGCUGACACUCGCCUGUUCCUGCUCCACGGCACUUUGUGCCUUUUUGGACAUGUGCGAGCGCUCACCGCGCAAGCUGACAAUCGAGCAGGCCGAUACAAUGCACGAUUCAGUCCAGCUCUUCUUGAAGUUGUACCAGCUGCUGGUUCUGCAGAGCCAUCGGAGGGGAAUCCCCCGAUGGAAGGUGGUCCCCAAAUUCCAUACGCUACUUCACCUUGUCGAAGAUCAACGAAGGGAGCUCCUCAACAGCAGGAGCUACCACACUUUUCUCGAUGAAGACUACGUGGGGGUCUUCAAGCAAUUGUGUGUUCAAGCACCGAAGCAGCUGCUAGAGUUUAGGUGCAUGACAAGGUUUUAUCUUCGGGUCAAAGCCAAAAGGUAG